AUGUCAGAGGCGCCGUCAGAAAACAUUCCGGCAUUGGGACCUGGCCAACUUGAGCAAUCCAAAACAUCUCGCGAGACAUCUCCGGCGCGCAAUUCUCGCAGUGUGUCCAGCAUCCCUCAACUUUCGCGGUCGCGCAAGGGAAGCCAGGAAUUUAGUCCGACACGGAACAGUGGUUCAGCCGGAUACCUAUCAACUGUGCCUUCAGCGGCUGCUGUCCAGCGAGCCCUGUCUGCGCAGAGGCCUAAUUUACCACCUCCUAGUGUUGAUUCGGUGCUCGAGGGCGGACGUCCCUCUGAACGACAAAUGAAAGCAGGUCAAACCCCGCCGUCAUGGCCCACGUCGCCCCGACUGAAGUCCCCGCCGCCUUCGAAGACUGGCACAAGGCCCCCGUCAACGAAACGUAGUGAUUCAGACCAGACGCCAUCAAAUACUUCGCUGAAAAGAUUGGCACCUGUCUCUCACCCUGACCAAGCCGCCGCCAUGCAGAUACCUGACACUCACGAACCAAAUGGCACUCAUUCCAGCUCGAGAGUAUCAGGUCGAGGACCAAGUACUACCCUUGAGACGGUGGCGGAAAACAGCGCCCCCACGACACCUGCAAUCGGUCCGAUUUCGACUUCAUCGUUGGAGCCAAAGGUGGAGGUCGCAUCUCUUGACCAGAGACCUGAGCCGCGAGCUGAUCCACCAGUCGUUAGAGAUGGUGAAGGUAGUGGUGGGGAUGGCCCUUCGAAAGUCACUGUCGCCAAAACAGAAAGCGGUCGGAGGUCAAGGGCUCCAAGCAGUUCCCGACCGGCUUCAGAUUUAGCAAAGCGCUCCUUCACCAGCCUCACAGGCGCCAAACCUAAACCUACUGGCGACCCCCCACGGACCAUGACCGUUGAGACGGAGACUGUUACGUCCAUGCCUCAAUUGCUGGGCCCGGACCGAGGUGCUUCGGGCAGGGAUGGUAACGGUAGUGUAAGGACCAAACCGAGCACCGAAACCAUCCGGCCGAAAAAGGAGAAGAAGAAAUCUCGCAAGGCUCCUUCGCUUCAUGCUGGCACAGUCACUUCCAAAGCCGACCUGUUCGAGGCCAAGGUCGCUAGUGCGGUGGAUGAAGCUGAUUCCUCCGAUUCAGAUGAGACUUUCGUUUACGAGUCGAACCCACCAGACAACAGGCCCUCACGGCAUCAUUCUCGAACACCCAGUGCCACAUCUCUGGCCAGCCAAGAACAAUUUGGGAACCGCAAUAAACACGGUCUCCGUACCGGCAGUCAAGCGAUAACUGGGAAGAAGAGCAUGAAGUUUUCGAGCAGCACCUACAACAAUCUCCUGGAUGGUGAGUCUGGGCCAGAAGGACGGGGAAGCCAACGUAACUCGAGUUCAACGCCCCGUCAUCACCACAUCAGUCGGCAUGGACGGCCCCACCACACCUCCAUCCUGGAUACGGAGUCACCUUUCACUCAGGCAAACAAGACAAAUCCCUCCCGCUCGACGACCAACAAUCCCUCGCGAUUUUCUCGACCAAAUAGCCCCCGGACCUCCAAUGGACGGGUGCCAGGCAUCUUGCGCAAAGGCGAACCCUUUGAUUCCUAUGAGGAUGCCGUCGCUGACGACGAGAGGGCACCACUACUUGGAUCGGUCCGCAUUAACCGAACGCGACACAGCCGUCGCCCGCAUAGCUCCAGUCUCCGGCACUUCGAAUACAACGAUGUCCCUGACCGGAGUUGGUGUGGCGGAUAUAGCGGUUGUAUUCUGCUGGGUCUUGUUAUUCUCUUGGUCUGUGUUGGCAUCACCACGUUUGUGAUGGCCCUCAAUCGGCCGCUCAUGGAUGUUUCCAUCAAGCAUAUUCAGAAUGUGCUUGCAUCGGAGCAGGAGCUCAUGCUCGAUCUGGACGUGUUGGCUAUCAACACGAAUCUUUUCCCGAUCUCGGUAAAUGACCUGGAUGUUAACAUCUUUGCCGAGAGCCCUUAUGUGGGCACCACCUCCAAUUGGGACUUGCCUGGCCAGAGAAGAGCGCUCCGAUGGGUUCAGCGAGAGCAGCCAGAUACCCAGGGUUUCGACUGGCCGCCGUGGCAUUCGGACGAUGGAGUGGACGAAGGGACCGAUCCAAUUGACGACCCUGAGUCAGGCACACAGAAAAUGCUGCUGGGAAGGGUUCUCGUCUUCGAUUCACCGUUAGUCUUUGAUGCGUCUCCCGUUCGACACAGCCACACUUCGUCGGUUGGUGAGAUUCGACUUGCGAGACCCGGCAACAAGACUGAAGUCGGGGGCAGUGCACGUUGGGAGAGAGUGCUUCAACACCCCUUUGAUCUUAUUGUUAGAGGCGUCAUCAAGUACCAGCUUCCUUUGAGCUCCAAAACCAGAUCCGCCAAGAUUGGCAGUCGAGUUAAGGUGUUACCCAACGACGACAAAUCUGGAGAUGACUCGGACGGGUCUCCAACCAAACCAAAGGCUUAA